UCCUCUUCAUCCUCCUCCUCCGCGCCGUCUUUCACUCGUAUAACAACUCGGCGACAAAAGUUUAGUGACGACACGACGACGAGCAGCAAGACGGAGAGCAUUUCUUAUAAAUUUAUAGAUCAUGGAAGCUGGAGGUGUUUUGACGGCAGAUCGCAGUCCUGCUCGGGGAAAUUUGCACGUUGCAUUCACUGUGAAAGGUGAAGUAAAGGAACGUAGAGAAAAAUUUCUAACAGCCAAGUAUGGAUCUCAUCAAAUGUCUCUUAUUCGUAAACGACUUGCUGUUGAAAUGUGGCUCUUCGAAGAACUUCAAAAGUUAUACGAGUCUGUGGUGAGUGAGAAUGGAAAUAGCAGGGAAGUGGAAGUUGAUAUCGAUGAGCUACUUGAUAUGGACAGUGAUGAUCACAGAAGAAACUAUUUACAAGAGCUGCUAGUCGACGCUAAGAAGUCUCCUCAUGAUGUCAAGAAAUUUAUUAAUGAUUUACUUGAAAAGGCCAAGACUCUUUGAAGUGGCAGGCACAAUUUUUGUUUCACUUUGCAACAAUUA